AUGCGGAAGGAAAUUCAUCGAGCAUUGUCGCCUUCUCGCGAUGAUGUCUUCACCGCGUUCACUCUCUCAAACUUACUGCCGGUGCAAAGCCUGUUGGUGUUCAAUCCUGGGGUUAUUACCAUCAAGUCACUUUCUGCGCUUGCGACUUCUUACUUCGGCAUCAAGCACCAGGAUAGAGCUAUCACGCAGUACGGAUUCAAGAGGUACAGUGACGCACUUAGAGCCGUGCAUUCGGCUCUUGAGGCUUCGGUGUCUCCGCCUUCCUUUGAUCUGAUUGAGGCGGUCAUGCUUAUGGGACUCAUCGAGUUCCUCAUCUCGGAUCGUGUCGAUGGUUGGAUAAACCAUGCACGUGGGCUAGAAAGGCUCUUCGAGUUGCGCGGACCUGAAGCUAUGGCAUCACCUCAGUGUCUUGGGAUCUUGGAUAGGAUUCGCCCGUCUCUUAUCUUUGCAGCUAUUGUUUUGCACAAGCCAACGAUAAUGUCGGAGAACAAAUGGAAAUACAUCCCCUGGAGCUUACACCCUGAGCACAUCGACUCGCUCAAGCUCUUGUUCGACAUUAUUGCCGACUACCCUCAGCUCUUCAUUCUGCGUGAUGAGCUUUUGUCAGUUGCGGAUGAAGACACAAGGACUGCUGAGACGCAAUGUCUCUCUUUGCAAUGUCAUGAGGUCAUCGCCAAACUGAAGAACUGGAGGGAGACUUUUGCGUCUGAUCCGUUUCACACCUCUUACGAGACACCCGCAUGUCAACCGAUACCGCUCAUAGAAGACGAGUAUGGCGCGUUGCAUCCAGCCUGGUCUACUGCCUUCAGAUACCGAUCACUCUAUCACGCGAACGCUAUCACAGUCUAUAACGCCGCUACCAUCAUGGCCCUCCGGUUCGCCGACAGCAUCGAUGCUGAGAUGAUGUCAUCUUCAGCGUACCAUACCCGACAGCAGCAGAUAUCGACAGCGGCGCUCACUAUAUGUCGUAGCGUCGAGUACCAUCAGCUAGAGGACUGGGGCGAACAGGGCUCUUUUGAACUGCUCUUUCCUCUGCGCAUGGCAUACGAUGGGAUCCGCGAGAAGGAGCCGACAAUAGCAUCAUGGAUCACAUCUGUCAUGCAAGACAUGUCGGCUGGUAGACGAGGGCCCUGGAGAUCCGCUAAAAGCAUCCUAGAUGUUCGCAAGUGA